AUGGAGCCUGUGUCAGUCCCCGUGCUGGUUGCUGGACUUGUUGAUUGUGUAGCCCAGUUAAUAAGAAUAGCUGAAGAGCUUUUACAGCUGAUUUCACAAGAACAGGUUCCUUGUGUAGAGCAAAAUGAUAGAGCAGAAGAGAUAGAAGUGGAUGCAUCUCCUCCUGAGGAAGCUUCGCUCCCAGACCUUGCUGAGCUCUCAGACUUAGAGUCAAUACUUACACCAAGAGAAGAUGAAGACCUAAUCCUUGACAUAGAUCAAGCGAUGUUAGACAUAGAAGAUUUAUAUGAAGAUGUACUCUCCAGUAUAAACAAUGACCUAAGAAGUGGUUAA